AUGAAGUUUUUUUUUUUUCAGACCAUUUGCAGGUUUUUUUUUAGUUCAAAGGGAUUUUCUUUUUUUUUUGCUGCCCUUGUGGCUUUCUUUUUUUUUUCUUACUCUUGUGGCCGGUUUUUUUUUGUGAACCCAUAUGAAGAAUUUUUUUUUGAAAAAUACUCUAAUUUAUUUUUUUUUGUCUUGUCAUCCAGAGGCUUUUUUUUUACCCCAGGAUCGGUGGAGUUUUUUUUUUUACUCUAUGGACCUGUGUUUUUUUUUAAGCCGCCAAAGCAAGGUUUUUUUUUUCGAGUGCCACAAAACUGGUUUUUUUUUUUCAAUCCAGAGAGAAGUUUUUUUUUUAAUGCAAGUGAUCCUUCAUUUUUUUUUAAAAUCCCCUUGCAAAGGUUUUUUUUUCCAAGUGUGACCCGAGUGUUUUUUUUUACCAUGACAAAACAACAGUUUUUUUUUUUGGAGAGGUGGAAACAGUUUUUUUUUCUGGAACUGGGAGAAGAUUUUUUUUUUGAAUAUAAUUCAAACAUCUUUUUACAAGGGAAACGGUUCCAUGAAGCCUUGGAAAGCAUACUUUCACCCCAGGAAACCUUAAAAGAGAGAGAUGAAAAUCUCCUCAAGUCUGGUUACAUCGAAAGUGUCCAGCAUAUUCUGAAAGAUGUCAGUGGAGUGCGAGCUCUUGAAAGUGCUGUUCAACAUGAAACCUUAAACUAUAUAGGUCUGCUGGACUGUGUGGCUGAGUAUCAGGGCAAGCUGUGUGUGAUUGAUUGGAAGACAUCAGAGAAACCAAAGCCUUUUAUUCAAAGUACAUUUGACAACCCACUGCAAGUUGUGGCAUACAUGGGUGCCAUGAACCAUGACACCAAUUACAGCUUUCAGGUUCAGUGUGGCUUAAUUGUGGUGGCCUACAAAGACGGAUCACCUGCCCACCCACAUUUCAUGGAUGCAGAGCUCUGUUCCCAGUACUGGGCCAAGUGGCUUCUUCGACUAGAAGAAUAUACGGAAAAGAAAAAGAACCAGAAUAUUCAGAAACCAGAAUAGGGAACAGGACGCUAUUUGGGAACAUUCAGCACCUUCUCACAGUUUGGGAACAUAUAUUGCUGUUUAUUCCAGUGUAAAAAUGAGGUGCCACUGGAUCUGAGUGCUACAUGAACACAAGUAGAAGUAUUAAUGUGUUGAAAUGUGUUGUUACCAGAAAGACUGAAAAGCCCCAAAGUCUAGAUGUAGAGAGCUAGGCUUCGGCAUGCGAAAUCCCAGCUCUGCUACCUCUUAUUUACCUGAAAGCAGGACACACAGGAUGGGCAGUCACGCUGGUGACUCUUGGACUCCCUUGAGGGACCUUUUUUUGGGGGGGAAUCCCAGGCAGGAUGCCCAGUCUUUGAGCUGAGAUUGGAAGGCAGUGAGGCUGAGGGUGCCAAGAUUUCCCCAGGGUUCACCCAGAGGGGAAGGGGCUACACACCCCCAGCUGUGUGCAGGGAGGACACAUCAGCCCACUACCGCUGCCAACACCAAUGCCUAAAACUUGUUUCAUACAUUGGGGUUUUCUAUAUAUUUCAGUUCGGAAAAGCUUACAUUUAACCUUUUAAAAAAAUAAAUACGUGAUUAGCCUCAACUAAACAUUGCCGACUAUAAAGACAGAGUAUAUUCACUAUGUCACUGGCAAUAUGCUGUUGCAUAACACCAAAUAACCCCCAGAAGUAGCCAGAGGUCAGUUUGAACAUCACAAUUGUAAGUGUUUUAGUAGCUAUUUCUGGCACGAGUCAAGGGAUCAUGUAGAUAGAGUCAAUUAUUGUUUGUGGAGUUUUUCAGCUAUAGGGGAGGGGAACUAUUAAAAUCCAUUUGUUUCUAUUCAGUAGGUAAUAAAAAUUAUUAGUUGUCACUGGGUUUGGGAAACUUAAAUGCCCAUUACAGCCCUGGGGAAGGGUUUUCUGUCUUAUGGAGUGAGUCUGUUAGCAUUUAAGUUAUAGUUGCUGCCUUAAAAUAGUAGCCUGCUACAAUGACUUCUUUGGGUAGCCAUUUUUGUAAGAAAUAAAAUACAAGAUAUGAGUAAUGAA